UGUUUAAAUGACAUUGACGUAACUGUAAAUAAACUUUAUUUGAAUUCUUUAAUUUUCCUGUUGAGUUUUUCCUCAAAUAUCAAGGAAAUUCAGCCCAAAGCAGUCCCAAUUCUUAAAAAAAAGAAAACAGACAUUCGUUCCUCUAUUCCCGCCUUGGUUGUUUCCCCUGUACGCACUUAAAUACUCAAUUGUUUGUAUUGUAACCGAGGCCCCAAUUUUUCGUUAAUCAUGGAAGAAGACAGGGACGACAACCUGGAGCCCGAGGAGGCUCUGAGCUACGGCACAGUCUCGCAGGUAGAAGAAAACUUACACUUUGGCAGCGGCGAUUUGCAGGAUAAGAAGCUGAGUCACGAGUCGGUCGCCCCCCAGAACUCUUAUCAAAUCAAGCCGAGUUUUCAGGACAUUUUUAAGCAAGUGCCUGUGAAAGAAAUCAUCAGGAGUGUGCAGUUUAGCAUGUUAAGUGGGAAAACUUAUGAUCCAGACAUGGCUAAGAAAUGGACAAUUAAAAUGGCCAAUGAAAUUAAUGAGAAGGUGAAAGAUGUAGGAAUGAAAAGAUAUAGGCACAUUGUGCAAGUGAUAAUUGGAGAGCGGAAGGGCCAAGGGGUGAAAUCCGGGUGCAGGUGUGUCUGGGACACCGACAUCGACACUAGCUGUAAUGAAAUUUUCAUGAAUGAUACAAUUUUUUGUGCGGUUACUGUGUUCGCUGUGUUCCUUUAUUAAUAAAUUAUUAAAAAAACAAUUUUAUAUAA